AUGAAAAACAUUACAUUUUGUAUAAAAACAAAUGACGCUCUUUGCUUCUUUCUCUUUCAUAUAGUUUUACUAUUUGAGAUACAUCUCUGGAGACGAUUGGACGAACGUAAAUGGAUCCAAGACUUAGCGAUGAAUCACAAGCGAAUACGCCAACGAUCCGAAGAUCUGCAUGCAAAAUUGAACGAAAAAUUCAUUGGAACUUUCAAAGGUCAAGAAGUUGAAAGGAAAGUGCAAAUCACAGGGAAUACAGAUAUACCUGUAACAAUCUAUACGCCAAUUGAUGCAAAAAAGGAUAAAAUGGUGAUAUUUUUCCACGGUGGAGGACAUGUAAUUAACAGUCGUAAGACACAUCAAACAAUUGUGAACAUCAUUGCUGAUGCAACAAAGUCCAUCUGGAUUUCAGUUGAAUAUCGCCUUGGACCGGAAUACAAGUUUCCAAUUUGGUUGGAUGACGCAUGUGAAGUCACUCAACACAUCCUUGCUAACAAGACUUCAUAUGGUGGCGAAGAAAACACGAAAGUUGGUGUAGCAGGUGAUAGUGGUGGUGGGAUGACUGCUGCAUCGGUUUGUCGUACAAUUAAAAACCUUGAUUUUCAGGUUCUCAUAUGUGGCCAUUUCGAAAUGGCGAAUUCUAGUGCAUCGCGGCAAGAAUUCAACAAACCGCAGUUUGUAAUAACGAUAGAUGUGCUCAAUUGGUUUUACGCCAAUGCUUUCCAUAACAAAGAUGACGAAAAAAGUCCUCGUCUUGAUUUCUUACAUAAUCAAGUAUCUAGUACAAUUCCACCCUGUCUAUUCAUUGUUGCUGAACUUGAUCCACUACUGGAUGACAGUUAUCAAUAUCAAGAGGUACUCAAUAAAGCAGGAGUGAAAACCAAACUCGUCUUGAUUAAAGGCGCUAUUCAUCCAUUUUUUGCUUUGCCGGGUAUAUUUACGAAGUCAUGUCAACAAGUGGUGGACGCUCUCGAAUGUCAUCGUCAUUAUUUUGUUUUGCUUUGUCGGUUGGUUUUAUCUUCAUUCUCAAAUAUCAUUAAAAUAUCGUUACCUUUCUGCUAUAAAUGGAUUCGCGAUUAG